AUGCAGGACUCGGUCGGCAAGUUCGUCGAGAUCAGCAUCCCGUGCGGCGGCGCGGGCGUUCCGGCGGCCGCCGACGUGGUGUCCAAGGAGAUCGCGUUCGAUGACCACGCGUGGACGGUGCACUGCUACCCGCGCGGCGCGCCGGGGGAGGCUGGCGCCGGCCCCGGCGGGCACCUCUCGAUCCACCUGGUCAACCACACCAACGCGCGGAACGCCAAGGUGCUCUUCCAGGCCAUCGUGCUGUGCCGGGCUGCAAGGGACGGCGGCGGCGGCGUCGCGCCGGCGGGCGAUAACUACCACGCCAGCAGCGUGUUCGAGUACCCGCCGGAGGGCUCCCGGCGGUUCCCCUGGCCGCAGGUCGCCACCGCGCGGGACCUCCGGGAGCGCUGCGCCGUCGGCGGCUACGCCACCGUCGUGUGCGGGCUCGCGGUGCUGCGCCACAACCCCAUCCCGGCCCCGCCGUCCACAUUCGCCGCCGACGUCGCCGGCCUCCUCGAGGCCCGGAAGAAGUUCGGCGACCCGGACGCGUCGUUCGCCGUCGGCGGCAAGACGUUCGACGUGGUCCGCAAGGUCGUCGCGGCGCGGUCCCCCGCCCUCAGGGCGGAGCUGGAGGGCGGCGCCACGGCCUCCACGUUCUGCGCCCUGCUCCUCUACGUGUACUGCGACCGGCUCCCGCGGGGCACCGAGGUCGGGUGCCCCGUGACCACGGACCUCGUCCGCGACCUGCUCGCCGCCGCCGAUUGGUACGCGCUGGACCGGCUCAAGCUCCUGUGCGCCAGGAAGCUCUGGGACGACCUGUCCGUGGCGACCGUCUCCAAGACGCUCUGGUACGCCGACCGGUACAGGUGCCCGGAGCUCAGGAGCCUGUGCAUCGACUUCCUCGCCGUGGGGGACAACUUCAAGAACGCCCUCCGGCGCGGGGGGCUCCGGCUGGCCGACGAGGAGCUCGCCGGCGACGGCCCUCGAGACCUCGAUGAGCUCAGAAGACGAAGCAGCUGCAGCAGCUCUUCCGGCUCUGUCUCAAAUAAGCGGAAGGCACAGGAUUAG